UGUUGUGGCCAAACUGCUUUUAAUGUCUAUACACAAGAUCUAAAAAUAUCAACAGUGAAAUCACUAGCCUAUGUCAUUCCUAAUUUGAAACAAUUGAACGCUAUUGGCAUCACCUGUGCAUUUGAGCAGUUGAAUGUCACAUGACUGCAGCACUUUGAAUAUUAAAUUGUUUUUUUAGCAGUGUUCUGUUCUUUAAACUUUGGUAUGGGGCUGAAUGCAGUUAAGAGCCAUUGUCUCGUGUCAGCUGACUGUCACCCUCACAAACAUUAACAGAUUGUGCUCAUUGACUGCAUGAUCUUGCUUGCCUGAAACUUUCCCACGGGUUUGUUGUUGGGAAAACUCUGGGCCCUGCCCCUGUUCCCACACCUGUGGGUCUGUCUCAUGGCAGCAGUGUUGUCAAGCCUCUUCUCUAAUGCCCAUGGUGAUGGUGUAACUAGGUAAACAAUGCAAAGUGACGCACCAGUGAAUGAAGGCUCUGAAAAUGAGAACACAGCUCAUGAGUUUUUUUGCACCACCUCAAAAGGCAGUGGGAGCCCCCAGGCAAACCCUGCAGGUCCUCCAGGCCUCCGCUGUCAACAAAGAUAUGGGAAGGUCAGCUCAGGCAGGAAAAGUCAUUCCCAAGCGGAAACAGUGGAGUGGAGAACCAACUAGAGGUCCAAAGAGGGUGAAGGUAGAAGUCAAGUCCACACAAACGGAAACUGAAGAAUCUCAGUGUUUGACAGAUGGCAUGUCCAGUGAAGCAUAUGAGCUUAUGGUCAAAGAAAUGCCUCCUUCCACCUACUGGAAAGAGGUAGCCGAGGAGCGCCGUAAGGCCUUGUACAAUGUUCUACAGGAGAACGAGAAGUUGCACAAAGACAUUGAGACCAAAGAUGAACAGAUAACGCAACUAAAGAGUGACAACGAAGAGCUCCAAGAGCUGGCACAACAUGUACAGUACAUGGCUGACAUGAUUGAGAGGCUGACCGGGAAGUGCCCAGACAAUCUAGAGGAAUUAAAAGACAUUGCCCUUGACGUGGAUGACGACGACGACGAUGAUGAAGUUGAAGAGCAAAGCGAAGAUGAAUAUUGUGAUUACAGUCUGAGUGAAGACGAGGAAGAAAAGGAAUCAGAAGAGCAGGAUUAACUGACACCUCUCGGGUCAAGGGACAUUGUCUGAAUACAGGUCAUCAGAUUUGAUUCAGAGCAAACCAUGGCAGGAACGGUUGACUGCAGUGUUCAGUGUGUAAACUUUUAUGGUUUUAGUUUUUUAAAAUUUUUAUUUUUUGUAAGACCUUUUUUGACCUGUCGGUAAAGCACAAUUGAAAUGAAGUGUGACGUGAGUUGACGACAAUUUAGGACACAAAGUUCACCUGAAGUAUUUAUUUGUUUUCCAAUUGUUGUGAUUGAAAGGAAAAAAACAAAACAAAUCCCAGUUACUCAACUAGUACAUUUUUCAUUAGCCUCGCAAUACAAAAUUUGGUAUGUUUUCAGAUCAGUGACAGUGGUAAUGCCUGUGCUUUUUCUUUGUGGUUAAAUGUCUACUAUGUAAAGACUCAUUGUGGUAAUUGUGUCUUGGUUUACCCUAUAAAAAUUGAAUUGUGCAAUGUAGCAGCACACAGCUCUGUACAUAAAGCUUGUGUAAAAUAAACACUUAAGAUACAA